CGUCGAACACUUUCCAAGUAUUAGACGCCGCGUACGGAAGGUAGGACCGUGUUAGCCUCGGGAGAGCUCCGUUCGCACAGACUAUCACUCUUACGUUUUUGUCUGUGGUUAUUUGCUGUACUUUGUCACGUAUAGCCGCAUUUAUCUCUAACUACGUUAUUGUAAGAAUGCUAAUAUUGUGAAACGAAUACCCCCGUGACGGCAUAAGUGAACAUCAUUAACAUUUCCGAAGGCACACAUUUUGACAGUACUAGUGUGUUGGAUGUCAUAUAGUUGUGCAAGUUGGGGCCAGUUGUUUUCCCUUUAUUCACAGAGGGCACACAUUUUACAAACAAAUGUCCAAAUCUCGGCACACCACCAAUCAAAAAUGUCACAGAAAGUGGAUACACACGUCAAUUAUGUACCUUCUGCCUUCCAGUUGUUCUGCAUGUCACUGAAUGUCGCCACCAUAGAUAGAUAAACAAAAUACAUUAUUUGUAGUAAAUAAAUAUACAUAUUUUGUAAUUAACGGAGUGAAAUUGAAUAAUUUCCUGUGGCACACCUGAUCAGCGCUAGUGGCACAGUGUUUGGGAAUCACUCGGAUAACAAAAUUUUCCCUCUGGCGAUCAUUAUAAGAUAUGUCAUACAGGGGGCUCCAGUGGUUUACACACGCAAUUAACUAGUUUGUGUAGCGGCAUAAUAAUACAUGACACAGCUCAAGAAGCAACAUUCAUUUACUGCCGUACUAGCAGUUUUUCAUUUUAUUGUUUUAUAUUCGUGGCUUAGAAGUGUUUUCAAACAGAUAAUUACUCAUAUUAUUAUCCUACUGUCACGAUACGAAGGUAUCCGUUUUCACUGGACCCAGUAGGAAGCGGAGGCUAUCCAUGAUACUACUGUGCUGACUCCCUGUAUUUACGUGGCCAUUUUAGAAGGCCUUGGUCAAGUUCGGUAUGUCAAGCAAUUGUUUACUGCGUCCUUUCUUUGUUUUUGUGCUGCAUAAGCAAUAUUGGAAAGUGACCUGUUGACCUGUCAUCAUGGUGAUCCGAUGUGGUCUAGUCACUGUCAACAAAGAGCCAGUUCCUCUGAAGGGCAUUGAAGUGGAAGUUGAGGUGAAGGACCACGUGGCCACUGUGGUCUCCACGCUGCACUAUGAGAACAAGGAGGACAAAGCCAUAGAGGCCAUUUUUGUCUUCCCUCUGCCUGCUGAUGCUGCUGUUUGCCAUUUCAGUGCCAAGGUUGGACAAACUGAGAUUGUAGCUGAUGUGAAGGAGAAACAGGAAGCCCGAGAGGAGUACGACGAUGCGGUGAGCUCUGGUCAACAGGCCUUUCUGCUGGAGGAGAGUGAGCAGAGCCCAGAUAUCUUCUCUCUGAGUGUGGGCAGUCUUCCUCCAGGAGAGAGCGCCUCCAUCAGGCUGGAGUACGUCACCGAGCUGGCUGUGGAAGCGGACGACGGGCUGAGAUUUUGUCUGCCUGUGGUGCUAAACCCUCGCUACCAACCUCAAGGGAGUGAAGGUCACGGUAUCCAGGUGACAUCUGUUCCCGCCUCUCUAGUGCCUUACAGUCUGUCCUUCUCUGCCCGGGUGUCCUCCCCUCGUCAGGUCUCCAAAGUGGACUCCAAGUGUUCCCUGGAGCCCCUGCAGUACCUCAACAAGGAGCAAACCCAGGCGCUCAUUAAACUGGCUGCAGGACACAAGUUUGAAAGGGAUGUUGAGCUGUUGAUUUACUACAAGGAUGUUCACCAGCCAACUGCUGUGGUGGAGGCAGGAAAGCCGUCCGCCAAGCCUGGCACACUGAUGGGGGAUGCGGUGGUGAUGCUGAGUCUGUACCCUGAGUUCCCCCAGGCAGGGAUGUCUUCACUUGCCACAAGUGGAGAGUUUGUGUUCUUACUGGACCGAUCUGGAAGUAUGCAAGGUGCUCGCAUCAGCAGUGCCAGGGAUACUCUGCUGCUACUUCUGAAAAGCUUGCCAGUGGGCUGCUACUUCAACAUUUACAGUUUUGGCUCCUCCUUUGAACACAUCUUCCCUAACAGUAUGGAGUACAGUGAGAAGACCAUGGAACAGGCUCUGAAAAAAGUCAAGGAGAUGCAAGCUAACCUGGGAGGAACAGAGAUACUUCACCCCCUCCAACACAUUUACAGCCAGACCUGCAUUCCCAGUCAACCACGACAACUCUUUGUUUUCACUGACGGCGAAGUGGGGAACACCAAAGAGGUUACAAGCUUGGUGAAGAAGAAUUCUAAUUCCCACAGGUGUUUUUCUUUUGGGAUUGGACAAGGAGCCAGCACUGCUCUCAUCAAUGGUUUGGCUAAGGAGGGAAGAGGUCAUGCUCAGUUCAUCACAGGUGCUGACAGGAUGCAACCAAAGGUGAUGCAGUCACUGCAGUUUGCGUUGCAACCAGCAGUGGAGGACAUCUCGGUCACAUGGGAUUUGCCAAAGGGAGUGUCUGUCACGCCUCUCUCUCCGCCAUUAACAAAUAUUUUCCAGGGUCAACGGUCGCUCAUUUAUGCUCAACUCACUGGACAGAGUUCGGAGGAAACUGAUGAUUGUGUAACUGUGAAGUACAGCCUGGCAGGCCAUCUUUUCCAGAGCAAGCUUGGCUUCACUCUACAACCCACAGAGGACACUGGAUUAACAGUCCACAGGCUAGGUGCUCGAACUCUGAUUCGUGGUCUGGAGACCAAGGAGACUGAGAAAGAUGGAGAAGUGAAGAAAAAGGUGGUGGAUGUCAGCAUCCAAUCAGGAGUGAGCAGCUCCUUCACCGCCUUUAUUGCCAUCAACAAAGGCAGCAGGGAAGCCAUUCAAGGACCUCUGCUGCACAGACGUAUUCCAGUAGGCCGCCUUUGCUCUACAUCACAGCGUGCAUCUUCAGCUAUGUUCUGUGCCCUGGGACCUCCAGCGAAAGUGGAAAAAGGAAGGAGAGGUCUUUUUAUGAAGAAAAGUGCAUUCUGUAACCUGAAAAGCGUUGCAGAUCCCAUCUUUUGUGGAGGAGUAGCGUGCAACAGUGCUGAAUCUUCCAUCGAGAAACCCCCAGACCCUUUGCUGCAGUUGGUCUCCCUUCAGAAGGCGUCAGGCUGCUGGGAGCUAAACCCGGCUCUGGCUGCUGUGCUGCACAAGACCAACAAGCAGGUGGAACAGACCAAGCCAGCAAAGGUGAACGGGAAUGUAUGGGCCACCGUUCUGGCUCUGGUCUGGCUCCAUGGGUUGAAGUUGGAUGCUCAAGUCGAAUGGAAGCUUCUUGCUCGUAAAGCUGUGUCAUGGCUGGUGGCUCAGAAUGGUAAUUCCCGCAGAGAUCCCCCUCCCCACCCGUUUGUUUUUGUUUAUCAUGAGUGGAUAACGUUGUUUGUGUGUUUUUUAAAGCACCAUGUAUGACAGAGUGUGUCAUUGCUGGAAACACUCUGUUGGGCUGCUCCGUACAAAAAGACGUCCUGGGCCUUUAAGGUGUCCAAUACAAUGAUGGGCCUUCUGCUGAUUUACUCCCGUUGCUCUGCACUAUUUGCCAUUCCUCCACAUUUGGUUGUUAAUUGGUCUUUAGCAAGUGUGCCUUUUAUCAUUUUCCUUUUUAAUGUAGUCAAAAUAUUAAAAUUGAUUAUUUACAGUGUAAUUUAAUGGUUUAAAUAUACAAAGGUGUUAUGGUCGUCAUGAGACUACAGGUGUGUCUCUAAAGAAGGUAAUAUGAAACCAAGAAACAGGUACAACAUUGUGUCACACAUGACUAUGGCCAGAUGUUGAUUUUGAAUAGGAUUCAACACUCUGUUUAUGUUUUCACUGAUCUUUCCUCUUUCACUAUUUAAAAAUAAAGAUUCCCUCUCAGCUUCA